CCCAGUUUAAUGGAGGUGGACAAUUCACAUGACUUCUAACGUACAGAGCACCCCACUACACCCCACUCCACCUCUUCCCACGCUUCCCUUCUCGAGGGUAAUUACUACUAAUUAACUCAAACUCGAUUAAGAAAAAAAUAAAAUAAAAAAUUGACCGCUUUUCGCCACCAAUCUCUUCUCUACAGUGUCUCCGCUCCUGCUCCCACUUCCACUGCCACUCCCACUUCCCCAAGCAGGAAUUUUCUUUGGAGGAAAGGAAAAUCGAGGAACUGAUAAUCUAGGGUAUGACUAGUUAGUGAUUCUUUUUUAUUUUCUGGUAAAGGAUUGAAUGCAUUUUUAGUUCCAAAACGUGAAUAUUAGGGUUUUAGACUGUUGGAAUUUUUGUGGACAAUUUGGGAAUGUUGGGAAAGGAGGAUUCUACUGGUGGUGGUGUUGAUGAUAGUGAAAGUUCUCAAGGGCUGUGCCAAGUUUCUGGUGGCAGGAAACUUUAUUGGCGGUCCGCGUCAUGGUCAUCCUCGCGGACUUCACUGCCCCCACUUAACCCUGACACUGAUAAUAAAGAUGGCUUAAAUCUUAACGGCAACAAUAGCGGUAAUAGUGGGAUGGGUCAGCGCAUUCCUCCUCCAUUAACCCCUAGAACCCAACACAGUUUUAAGGCCAGGUCGUGUCUGCCCCCUUUGGCAAUUGCUCGUAGAAGCUUAGAUGAGUGGCCUAAAGCAGGGUCUGAUGAUAUUGGUGAGUGGCCGCUUAUUACUACACCUCAUGGGAGGAGCUCGAAUGAUGGUGGGGAGAGGUUGAAGCUCGAUUUGUCGAAAAUAGAGAGAAACCAGGAUAACAAUGACUGUGGGCUUGUGAAGAGAGAAAAGAUUGCUUUCUUUGACAAGGAGUGUUCGAAGGUUGCUGAACACAUUUAUCUUGGCGGUGAUACAGUUGCAAGGGACAGGGAGAUACUUAAGCAGCAUGGUAUUACUCAUAUUCUAAAUUGUGUGGGAUUUGUAUGCCCAGAGUAUUUCAAGGCUGAUUUUGUUUAUAAGACAUUAUGGUUGCAGGAUAGCCCGUCGGAGGAUAUAACUAGCAUACUAUAUGAUGUUUUUGACUAUUUUGAAUAUGUUAGAGAACAGGGGGGGAGGGUUUUUGUUCAUUGUUGUCAGGGAGUCUCUCGGUCUACAUCAUUGGUGAUUGCUUAUCUAAUGUGGCGAGAAGGGCAAAGCUUUGAUGACGCAUUUCAAUAUGUGAAGGCUGCUAGGGGAAUUGCUGAUCCGAAUAUGGGGUUUGCAUGCCAGUUAUUGCAGUGCCAAAAAAGAGUUCAUGCUUUCCCUUUGAGUCCCAGUUCUUUACUAAGGAUGUAUAGGAUGGCUCCACACUCACCUUACGAUCCGUUGCAUCUGGUUCCUAAAAUGCUUAACGAUCCUUCCCCAUCUGCUUUGGAUUCUAGAGGUGCAUUUAUUAUACAUAUUCCUUCUACAAUUUAUGUUUGGGUUGGCAAAAAUUGUGAAGCAAUCAUGGAAAGGGAUGCCCGAGGAGCUGUUUGC